CAAAAGCUGCAACAACAUACGCAAACGUGCACAUGGUGCGAUUCAAUACGGGUAUUUCUCCGAGCCCGGCCCGUACGUUCAGUAUGUCGCAGGUGGUCAAGUCACGCGAUAGUGUAUAUGAAAUUCUGUGGAAGGAUGAUUAUUCGUCGGAGAGUUACAGCUCAUCUGCAUCGAUGACGCCCAGAAUGAGCGUGCAGUUGGAGCGUAUCAGCACAUGCCUUAGGGCGCUGGCACAGGGCAGGGACUCGCGCCAGUCUAGCAAUGCCAGCUCGGGCUUUACAAUUUUGCCAGGCUCAGAUACUUCUACCACUCCUGACAAUUCUCGCAGGGUGAGCAUUAUUGAUAAGCAGCAAUAUCAGCAAGAAAAAAAUCGGCUUGCGUCCAACUUUGCUAGGUGGGACUGGAGUAAUAAUCCAGCGACCAUAUUUCCGGCAGCUGUCCCAGAUUUGAAAGAAGAGGGGAGAGGUAUCACUGAGGGAAUUGGGUGCUCAGAAUGCGCUGACCAAUACGGCGGCAUAGUCCCUGGCUUCAAAGAUGAGGAGCAUAAGAAUAGGGGAGUUCCAGAUGACCAGAGGCAGGAAGGCCGGGAGAAUGAUAGCAGCAGUCCUGUUGAUUCUACUAAGAAUCCAAGCCAGAAAGAGGAGGACAAAGCCUACCAACAGACUUCUGCUCUUCACUCACCGGCCCCUGUACGUCAAGCAGACGAAGUGAGAAUGGGAUAUGCUCUCGGGGCUAGUCAGCAUCGCCGGCGCAGCUCUGUGCUCUCAGCUCCUGUAAAGCCAGUGGCAGCUCUGAAUGAAGACGAGCCUCCCGCAAUGGCGACCCGAGAUGACAUGAUUGCGAGAUUUAAACAUCGAGAUUCUCUGGCGCUGACCCGGAAGCGGUACAGUAAGCGCGGAAUCACGAGCCUGGGUUCUUUUGAGGCUUGAUCUGUGAUGACAGGACUGGGCAUCUUAACUCCUUUGCGGAAACAUAUCGUCAUAACUCUAGAUUGAAUGUCUUGGGUUGUUGCUGGACAGGGAUAGUGGGAGUUUUUAGACUAGCAAUGCGCGCU